AUGGGUACUGGCAUGUGUUCGAGGAGGCAGAAGGGGCUUCUGCAGACCGGGUUUUGCCUGGUGACUGUGGCGUGUUUGGGCUCGGGAGUUUUCAUGUACAAUCACUUGCAGCAAAAGGUGCGGAAUGCUGAAGCCUUGGCCCAGAAAUACAAACAGCAGCAGGAAGCACUGUCUGCCCAGCUCCAAGUCGUGUAUGAGCACAGAUCCCGGCUAGAACGAUCCUUGCAGAAGGAGCGAGGGGAGCACAAGAAGACAAAGGAAGAUUUUCUAGUAUAUAAGUUAGAAGCUCAGGAAGCCCUCAACAAGGAGAAGCAAGAUUCUAUGAACAGAUAUGGGGCCCUCAGUUCCCAGCACAAGAUACUGAAGAACCAGCACGAAGAUGUCAAGAAGCAGCUGCUUGACCUGCAGCUGCAGCACAACAGCUUGAAACUGGAACACCGUAAGACACUGGAGACCCAUAGCCAGAAAUAUGCUCAGCUGCAGCAGGAGAAGGACAGUGAAGUCACAAACUUGCAGGAUACGGUCUUUAAACUCAGAGAAGAGAGCAAGCUUCUUCGGAAGGCUCACCAGGAAGUUCACUCUCAGCUCCUUAAUGCCCAGGCCCAGAUGGAAGAGUUCAGGCAGCUCAAAGAAGCUCUACAGAAGAUGCCGAGCUUCAAAGGAGGAGGAGUUGGGAAGGGACAGCAACAGUUCCAGGUGCUGAAGGAGCAGCCUGCGGUGCCAGCCAACAGCCAGUUGCAGCUUGUGAGACAGAAGGCUUUUCCAGUCAAUCAGGAGAAUCGCCCUGUUGGGAACCCACUGGCAUCACAAGUCUCUGGGGUUCAGAGGCAGGCAGAUGGCCCUCUGCUGCAGGGCCAGAACUCAUACAGUAACGAUGGCCUGAGGCCACAGGCUAAUGUGCCCUUUACCCAUCCAGUGCCACUGCAAGAUGCCAAUUCACUGCCAGGUGGUGCUAUGCCAGCCUGGCCAGCAAGGCGUGGAGAUGGCCAUGUGAUCCGAUUCACCCGGACCAUGAACAGUCUACCAAAUGGGAACCCGGAUCUAAAGAUGGUGAUGCGCAUUCAGGUGAAAAGCAAUGAGGAAAGCCAGGUUCCUGGAUUGUCACUGCCUGAUCUGAAACAACCCUCUGUGGCAGACAAACCUCACGUGCCAGACAACCACCACUCUACAGGGAGCAAACAGGUGCAAAUGCAAAGCUGGAGAGACAUAGUUGACAAAGUGAAUGCCCAGAUGGAUGAACAACAAGUGCACAGUUACCCAAAGAGCCUUCAUUUGGAUCCCAAGCCUGGGCAAGAGAUGCAGAAGGGCAGCCCACAGCCACCUCAUCAGAAGAGUGGGAAAGAGCAUCAAAUAGCUGAUCAGGAAGGCGAAAAGGAAAAGACAGAUAACGAGGAACUCGAAAUGGAUGCAGGAGUGAUUGAGAGAGAGGAAAAUUUGCACUCUCAGAAGGAGACUGUCAUCCAGGAACCAAUGAUGCCAGAUGAUGCUGCAGAUCCUGCCCAGGAUCCCAAUAACCAAGGUGAGGAUGAGUUUGAGGAAGCUGAGCUGGAGAGACCUGACUUUGAAGAGAAGGAUGCUGUCAGACCUGCCAAGCCCAGAGAUGACCCAAUGGAUGAUUAUCAAGAAGAUCAAGAGCAAGAAAUUGAGGAUCAUGGAGGUGAAGUGGAUGACAAUGACGACCUGGAACUUGCCCAAGACCAGAAGGACCAUGCAGGCAUACAGGCAGCUGAUGGCAAGAAGGAUGACUACUACUGA